UGCUGUUCUCUCAUUGGAAUUCCCUUGGAAGGUUUCAGAAGCACAACUAAUGCAUCAAGGAAGGAGGUUCCACAGUCAGAGUCGGGGAAGACGUGAGAGCAUUUGGAGGCAUUCCGUGUCUUUGGCGCCCUUUUCCCUUUGUACCUCACUUAUGCAAUGUGCAGCAACAGCUCAUGUACAAGAUGCGUCUCACACAGAAAGAAAAGACGCGGAGCGGCUUGAGUAGAAGGAUGCUUGACAGACAGAAAGGAGUGAGCUCUGCAGCAGGAUCCCCACAGCGCUGCUGAACAUAAAACUGCGUGACUGGUCUCCGCAAGCAGAAGGGAGGAGAGAGGAGAGAAGGGAGGAAGGCAGAGAAGAAGGCAGGGGGAGGGGAGGCAGCUCAGUUCAGUGCGAUGCUGUAGCUGAGUGGAUGAGGCAGCAGCAUCAGCACCACUAGCUGUAGCAUCGUCUCCUUUUGUGGAGGCUGGGGCGGGGGCUUGGGGGGGAGCUGUCUUGUAGCUGCUGCAGGAUCAACAUUAUCUGCAUACACAGAAACAUAUCCGGUCACCUCGUCACACGCACCCAUGCCGUGGCGGCCAGAGACGAGGAGGUGGUGGUAAGUGACGGGGUAAGCUCGGGGGACAGGAGGAAACAGGGACGGCUGGAGGGAUCCCAAACGUGAGGAGGGCUGGAGCGACGGUGACUGGAGCAGAAGCAGCAGCAGCAGUAGCAGCAGCAGUAGCAGCGGCACCAUGGCGCAAGCUGCCAAGCAGCUCCGCAAGACCAAGGACCUCGCAGAGGCCGCCGCCCAGGAGCAGCGGGAGAAGGAGGAGGAGAAGAUCAAAAAGAGGAAUCGAUCCAGAGACCGCAGACGCAAGGCGGAUGCAGCCACCAGCUUCCUGCGUGCGGCUCGAUCGGGGAACCUGGACAAGGCCCUGGAUCACAUUAAGAACAGGAUAGACAUCAACACCUCUAAUCAAAAUGGUCUUAAUGGGUUACACCUGGCCUCUAAAGAGGGCCAUGUCAAAAUGGUUUUGGAGCUGCUGCACUCUGGCAUUGAACUGGAAGCAACCACCAAGAAAGGGAACACGGCUCUCCAUAUCGCAGCUCUGGCGGGGCAGGAGAAAGUGGUGGCUGAGCUCGUCAACUACGGUGCCAACGUUAAUGCUCAGUCACAUAAAGGCUUCAGUCCGCUCUACAUGGCUGCACAGGAGAAUCAUUUAGAGGUGGUCAAGUUUCUGCUUGAGAACGGUGCAAAUCAGAGUCUCCCAACUGAGGAUGGCUUCACGCCCCUCGCGGUGGCCCUCCAGCAGGGCCAUGAAAACGUYGUGGCGCUGCUCAUCAACUACGGCACGAAGGGGAAGGUCCGCCUUCCAGCGCUCCACAUAGCUGCACGAAACGACGACACUCGCACUGCCGCUGUCCUGCUGCAAAACGACCCCAACCCCGAUGUACUCAGCAAGACUGGUUUCACCCCGCUACAUAUCGCAGCUCACUAUGAAAACAUGAGUGUAGCGCAGCUGCUGCUGAACAGAGGAGCAAAUGUAAACUUCACCCCCAAGGUCAGUUUUYCUGAGCCUUGAUGCAUUAAACAUUAGAUCAAGACGCUGCAGGGUCUUUGCAUGAGCCAGGUACAACAAAAUAACAGCGUCUCAGCAAACAUUCACAUAUAA